AUGGAUAUAGACCAACCACCAGAGAAAUCAUCCCAUCGCAAAAUUUUAGCAAUAAGAAAGAAGGUCUGUUUUUUUAUUCGGAAACUGCUUGUUGCGAAUCUCAUAACUAAUAUAUGUAUACAAUCAGAAGUUUUAGAGCACAACAAUUUCUCCUUUUCAAUUUUUAAACCGGCAAAAAAAUACCUUUCAGGUGGAUCAUCUACAGUCCAAUCUCAUUGCAAGAGUUGAAGAACUGUCUGUCUAUAAUAAAAGGAUCAUUGUUUCGCUGCUGAAAGCGGAAGAAGAAAAAAAAUCGAUUAAUUUGAAGUUCCACAACCUGGAAGAGGAAAAUCAAAACCGAUUUAAUCGUGAAAAACUUCGUUUGACUUCCCGUCGCCCUAAGCGCUUUCCCUACCUACUGCCAUUUUUUAACAACGACCUUGAUAAUAUCCAAAAUAAUUAUCAAUGUAGGAAAUAUGAUUUGGAGUAUUGUAAGAAAAGGGAGACCGUCUAUUUGGAAUUCAUAGUUGUUAUUCGGCGAUCGGAUUGUGAAUUCCAUGAAAACCUUCUGGAACAGUUGCUUUGGGAAAAGGAGACUUUUGACAAUUUUCCGAAGCAACUCAAAGACGCCCCUGGAAAGGUCCGUUUUCAUUAUAUUUGUGGAAGAAAAGCUAGUUUUUUCUGAUACUUUCUUAUUGAUAACUUGAGUUUGGGCUAACAGUGUUCCGUCAAUUUUUUUGAUUGAAACCUUUGAGAUUCCGAAAAUUUUAGGCUUUUUCAAAAAGAAAAAAACUGUUCCAUCGCUAUUUUUUUUAUAUUUUGUAGGAGAAUUUCAUCGAAAUCUUUGAGUCGAUUCUCAAGUUUUUGGAAGAAAUCGAGAAACCAAGGACUCGCCUGUCGGAAGAAAUCACGGAUCGAAAAAAUAUCUUGCAAAGUCAAAAUUCUGAAUGGCAGAGAAGCCCUAAUUAUGACUUCGACGUUCGCUCAGUUCAUAGCGAUGUGAUGUACACCUUCGACAAAAGAUCGAGUAUGAUGGGAUUUGACAAUAGAGAAAGGGAGACUCUCAGAAUCAUCCUGAAGGAGUUUUUGGAUGAAUAUAAGUCACGUCAAAUCGAAAAAGAGGUUCAAUUCUUAAAAGAACCUUGAAGACUCUCAAAAUCCUUUUUUUCAGCUCAGCUUCUCCGAGGUUAUGAGUUCUAAUUUCAAUCCAAAAGAAGUACUAAAAACGAAGCUUUUUCGAGAAUUUAUUUUCAUUCAGAAAACUGAUGGAGGAUCGCUCGGAAAGCCGGGGACGUUGAAAAAAUUGGAAUCGACUGAAAAAGAGCAUGUCGAAGCUUUUUUACGGGAACCAGUUUCUCUCAAGGGAGAUCAGGAAAUCACUUUUGAGCAGGUUGUUUGUCGAAAAAUCUUGCUUUGUUAAAAAAAAACUUUAUCGAUUAUUGCAAAGUUUUGGGACCGAAACUUACAUUGAAAAGAAAAUCAGAAAUGAUGUGAAUGUUUUAUGAUCUUUUUGAAGGCUCUGGAGCCGCCGGACGAUGAUCCGGACGGCGCUUUCAAAAGAAGUUUCUGAUAACUUUCCAGAAUCCCUUAAAGAUGUUUUCCGAAUUUUCGGAGAAAAGGUUUCACUGUUCUUUUGAAAGUAUACACCAGUGCUGCUGACCGGGGCGCCCCUGCUGGUAGAUAAGUUAAAAUAAAGUUUAGGUGAAAAAAACCGUAAAGUAACGACUAAUAAAGAAUUAUAUUGGUCGAAGGAAAUGAAAAUUCAUUUAUAUCAUUGAGUAAUAUUGGAGAAAUCUUCUAACAGUGUGACCGCUUCUCAGGGCGGGGCGCCCGAAGCGCGUUGCGGUCGCCCCGGUCUGGUCAGCAGCUCUGAUAUACGCAAAUGUGGGGAAUUUUAGACAAACGAAAAAGAUAAUUUUGAAAAUUUGCCAGUUCAUAUUUUUCAAGUCUUAUUUUUUUUAAUGUAGUAUAUUUUUUGUUUUAUUGAUCGCUCAAUUUUGCUUUGAACUAUUUCCACUUCAGUGAGAAUUUGAUGAACGAAAAAACAGUUUUAAAAGAUUUUAAAGUAGCGGAAAUUUUACAGAACAGCUUGCUCAAAAAUUGCGAGGAUGAAGUUGGCUCGGCCGAUAUCGAUACAUUCAUGGUUUUCAUUGUUCUUAUUAGAACUUUCGAGAAAAAUGUUCUAGGAACGCGCGGAAAAAUGUCUUUUGGGCUAUGAAAACUUGCAAGAAAUCUGCACAAAUGGCCAGAAACGCCUUGAUCGAUUGAUUCAGAAAAAGCAAAACGACUCUUUGAAAGAGAUUGAGGCAUUUCGGAUCGUUAUGGAAAUAUUCACGAGAAUGGGAAUUUUCAGGCGAAUGUGACGAGUUUGGUGGAACUUGUGAAAGAGAUGAAGCUUGGCUUCUCGGAAGAAAGUGACCCGGAGGUUUUGGUAGAUUUUUAACAGAGAACUUUAAAAUUGUAAAAUAAAAACUGGCUUUGUCGCAAUUAGAAAAAAUAUAUGAAACAGGUAUAUAAAAGAUGGGUGGAAUUUGGUGCUUUUUUGGAGUUGCGCAUACCGCGAAAAUAAUAUUUUGCCGCAUUUCGCGGUUUUCGAUAAGAUUUCUCAAGAAUAAGUUAAUUUUUUCUAACUUUUUUACAGUUCAAUUCUGUUUCCACCCGCUACAGCUGAUUAACGGUUAGCUUGGAACUGAAAAAAGGCGUGGCCUGUCUGCGCUCUCCAUCAACUAAGCUCUUUCUCUUUUCUUAUCGUGUCAGGACCCUUCCUUCUAUGGGUCAAGCCAGCAGUGAACCAGUUAUAACAGUCUGAAAAUAUCAUUUGAAAAAAAAUGCAUAAUUUCUUUCUCGGAAUCCAAAAAUUCGUGCUUACUUUUGUUUUGAGAAAAUCGUCAGUGCAGUCCGCAAAAUAAUUAUAACUUCCCAAUUCGCGAUUCAAAAAUCAAUUCCGCCCAUAUGCUAUAUAAUCCAAUAGUAUGUGAAUUUUUCUAAAAAUUCAAACCAAGGUUGAAAAAGGUUUUUGCGUUUUUUGCAUUUUUUUUUUUCGAAAUUCCCAUCUCUCUUUGAUAAAGGUUACUUAUGGGACACUUGAAAAGUUAUUUUCGUAAUUUCAGCUCCCGAAAAGCGAAGAUUCUAUCAUUACUACUUUGGAAUCUUCCGUGGAAUGUUCGGAGAAGAUCAUGAAAAACCUAGUUGCUAUUAGACAGCUCAAAAGAAAAUUUUCUUGAGUUCGUUACUGUUUAAAAAUUUAUUUGUCUCCUUUGUAUGGUCAUUCAUCUUUUUUCUUGACAUUUUGCAUGUCGAAAAUUUUUUCUUUUGAAUUUUUUGUGACUACCGAACGACUAUCUUCUCAAGACUCCUUAUCUCAAUUUCUUUGAUUUUUUCUUUCGUCUAGUUGAUCUGGAAAAAUAUUUAUCUUUUGUAUUUUUUAUAUUAUUCGUCUGUUGUUGUUGAUAUUUUGCACUGAACAUUUUUUUUUCUUACAUGUUAUAUUAUGUUCAUUUUUUUAAAGGUCAAGUACAAUGACGUCAUUCGAAAACGCUCUGUGGCUUGACUCGCUCUUUGAUUGGUUUCUCACGCCGUUAGGGGCGGAGCUUCAGCUAAGGCUUGACAAAUUCUGAACGGACUAUACAUGUGACUCCAUCGUCUUCCACUUUACAAGACUCAUUUACUAACUAUUCAUUUUUGUCUGGUUGAUGUAUAAAGUUUUUUUAUUUUUUUGCGAAAUUUUAUUUCUUUUUCCCGGUUGGUUCGAUUCCAAUUUAUUCCAGUUUAUCGAGUUUCCAAGUGAUUCUUUCACGCAUUUCAAACAAUAAUUGGUAGCUUUGACCAAAAAAAGUAAAAUAGAAUUCAUCAAUUAUGUUUUUUGAAUCAGUUUUAUUAGAAGAGUUUUUUUGCUGCUGUUCUUUUCGAAAUUUUUUCACACUUUUUGAAACUAUCGAAGGUUAGUUGAAAAUUUGAUAAAAAUCUAACUUUGAGGCUAAUGCUCUAAAAUUUUGAAAUUUUUUGAGGUCUAGCGAUACGAAAAGAAAAUGGAUCAGCGGCCUAAGAAAGCUCCUCCCUUCAAACUUACCGAAAUCCAAUCAAAGGUUCAGUUGUUUUUCUUCUAUUUGAUUCAGAAGUAAUCUGAGAACACUUAAAAGAAAACUGCAAGUUUAAGAUUUGCAGGAGAAAUGGAAAGUUUAAAAGUUCUCAAAGCAACAUACCGAAAAAAAUUCUUACGGAGAAAAAAUUGCAAAAUAAUUUUUUAAUUUAGUUUUGAUGAGGUUGAACGAGCGAAAGCACAGAAUAACCUAGAAAGAACUUUUGGAAAAAGAAAAAAAAUUACAUGCCAUUUUUUUAAAUAAAACUUCUUUAGGAGAAAAAAGGAAAGAGAUGGAAAAAUGAGCAAAAGGAGAUUUAGAAAAACUUUUGAAACCUUUUUAGGAACUCAAAAACAUGCUCUAGAUGUUGGUUUUUUUUCAGUAUCUGAUUCAAAUUCAUCUAUAACAGAAAUUUCAAUUUGUAGAGCACUGGAAUUUUUAAAAAUAUAUUCUUUAUGUCAGCUCGGUAAAUAUAGUCUGUUCAUAUUUUAAAUGUCAACCACCUAACUCCGCCCCUGCUGAGACGGUACCUUUUCGCGUCGAUAUAAUUCAAAAGCUCUUUUUGACCUCAUGUAGUCUUUUUGUGAACUUGAUGGACUUGAUAGUUUAAGAACGACCAAAACCUUCUCAUUUUAAUUUUUAUUCAACAAUCGAUGAAUCUGUCGUUAUAAUUUCCGAGUUUUAGGUUAAAAAAAAUACUCUUCAAAAUCAAAUUCAAAAUUACGCCGUCUAUUUCGGAGCUAGGAAAUGUUUCAAGAUUUUUUUUUUCCUUUUUCAAUUUGUUUAGAACCUACCCUGCGAGGUAACAAGAUGAGUCACGUCUCAAAAAGUGAAAAUAAUCUUUCAUUUUAAACCCGAGAAAAAGCUCUUAAACUACGGGCACUUUGAACAGGCGUGAAUAUAUGAGUUGUUCGAUAUUUUUAGAGUUGAGAAUCCCGUUUAAUGACACUUUUCAGCUGAUAUUUUCAGAUGGAGGGAUGGCGAUUCAAGCUUGAUGAAAGGAAUUAG